UUGUUUCUGUCAUGGAAGCUUUGCUUUCACUCCAGAAAGAGUUGACUUUCUUAGACAUUGUUCUCCAAGCACCACCUUCAGCACCAGAUGCUCCAUGGAGGGGUUCACCCACACCAGACCUUGCACCUUGCUCUCUGCAGGGCAGCACUGCAUGAGGAGCAUCUGUGUAACUGCUUGGGAUGUGUUGACUGAUUGGGAGGGGUCAUGCAGUGUUUGUUGCUGGGACAUCAAACAUGAUAAUUUAUACCUACCAGGUUUUUUAAUUGGCCUGCAUCCUUACCCAAGGUUAACAGUGGUCCAGCCCAAAUUCAGCCCCUGGGUGGGCAUUGCUGUCCAAGUGCUGUUGGCUAUAACAGAACGUUUGAAUGACCUUGGCAUGGUGUGCCCCAGCCCUGCAGAGGGAAAGUUAAGAUUUUAUUCUGCACAUUUGCCUCCACGGGGUGCCUGUUAGCUCUGUGUUUUUACCUACAGACAUACAAUCCUGCAGUUGUGACUGCAGUGCCAGCAUUAAUUCAGUUUUCUGCCAUCUGAGCCAACAAACUGAGAGAAGGAUGACUGGGGAGGAAAAGAGAAGUUGUAAACAGAAUGCAAGGUGAGCAAGGUGUCUGGCUUUGCCUCCUGGUGUCUCCUCCAGGCUGUCUCCUGAAACAGGCUUCAAAAGGAGCUGGAAUUCCUGCUGGUGCCAGCACAGUUCCAGUGGAAAAAGACCAUACUGAAGAAAUGGUAACCCGGUGCAUCGUGGAGGUCCUGUCCAAUGCUCUGUCUAAGCCAAAUGCACCCCCCAUCAAUCCUGAAUGCAAAGAAAUCCUGAAGAAGAGUGAUAAAAAUGACAGAGAGAGAAGUGAAAACGAACAGCCUGAAGUGAGGCAUCCCAAGGACCCAGCAGAGACUGAAAAUCGUCCUGCUGGGAGCGUGGAGAAAGAACAGAGGCAGGCAGAAGAGGAAUCUAAAACGUACAUGGAAGGAGGUGAUGAGGAGAAACUUGCCCGUGAGAAAGGUAAAAGUGAGGAGGAGGAGGCUGGACACCACACACCUGCUCAGGAUGAGACACUUCACACGGAAGAAAAAAAGCAGUACCAGGAAAUUGGGCGAGAGGAGGAGAGGAAUUACCACAGUGAAGAGGAAAGCAAAGAGGGCAGGUGUUGUGAGGAUGUAGAGGCUGCUGUUCUCACCAAAAAGUCCCACUCUGAGGGCAUGAGCAUGGAUGAGUUCCGUGGUGGGAAUGAUCAGAGCCCCAGGGGCCGCUGGCACCUGGAGGAGGGAAUGCAGAGCCCUUCCAAGCAAAUUCGGGAAGGUGAGGAGGAAGAGGAAGAAAGGAGGGAGAAAUACCACCAUGAGUCUCAGGAACAUGGUUUCUCCCACCAGCAGGAGCGUGAAGAAUCCGAGGAGAGUGAAGAAAGAGAGGAGGGAAAGGAACCCUUCAAAGCCAAAGGUUAUCGUGGGAAGCACAGAGCGGGGGACUCCCAUGAAGAGAAGAGGGGCCAUGGUGGUGAGAGGGGGGAACAAGCAGGGGGAUCACACCCAGGGGAGGCCAAGCUCUGGGAGCAGUGGAAGCACCGUCAGAAACAUCAGGAAGGGUCUGAGGAGAAGGGUGGCUCUCCUGGGAGGCGUGGGCCCGAGGAGCUGCAGGAGGAGAGGCCGGCAGAGCAGGGCAGCGAGGAGCACAGGGACAGCUGGCAGCAGAGCCAGGAGAGCAGGGAGGAGGAAAACAAGAGGCACCACCACAGCCAGGAGAGCAGUGAGGAGAGGAGGCAGCACGAUGGAUCCCACCCUUCUGAGGGGGGGAUGUACCUUGCUGGUGAAAACCAGGAGCAGCUGGCCAGGUACCUCAGCGAGGAGAAGCAGCGCCGCGCGGGAGGGAGAGCUCGCCUACGGAGCAGGGAACAGGAAGGGUCCCGGCAGGCUCGAGAGCACAAGGGGCAGGCCAGCAGGCACCACAGCACUGAGGACAGCCUGGAGGAGGAGGAGGUGGUGGAAAAGAAGCAUCACAGCAGUGACCAGGUGGAAAAUGAGGAGGAGGAAAGGUUUGCAGAGAGAGGAGAGUACAGGGGCCAUCUCCCCGCAGAGAAGGAGAAGAGAACUGCAGCAUCCUACAGGCCUUUCUACCCACUGCUGUGGUGGAAAAAACAGCACUUGGACAAAAGGGACAGUGCAGGGGAGCAGCUUCUGGAGGGCAGGGAGGAAGGCAGGCCCGCCCUGAGUGAGAAGAGCCUUUUCCCUGAAUACAAUGACUACGAGUGGUGGUCAGAAAAGCAAAUCCAGAGUGCUCUGAAGCACAGGCGCACCGAGAAGAGGAAUCCUGGCAAAACGAACAGGUACGAUAUGGAAAGGCAGUACAACAAGAUGGAUCAACUUGCACAACUUCUCAACUACAAGAAGAAGUCAGCUGAACUCCCAGGGCUGUACAGCUCUGGAGAAGACCUGAAGAAACGUCACGUGGCUGGGAACGACAGAAGGAGCCUCAGCCAGAGGCCCCUGACAGAAGAGGAGGAAAAGCAGCUGGAAAACUUGGCCACCAUGGAUCUGGAGCUGCAGAACAUAGCAGAGAAGAUCAACAGCCUCAGGAGAGGCUGAAGGUGUCCUGUGUCCUGUGGUAAAGUCACUGCCACUGGAUUGUUGUCUGCCCUAAACCCAGGAAAUUCUAUUCACUGUCCACUCUCGUGUAGUGAUUUACACAGCUGAAAGUGUUUUUAAUUUGCUGUUAUGCUCCUGAGACCUGAAUGGCAUGAAUUUUAGUAACAUAACCUUUCAUGUGGGCAGGUAUUUUUAAUAUGCUUUUGGAGAUAAUUGUGUUAGUGUUCUUCAGGAAUAUAUUUGUCUGAGUUUGCAAUAAUAAAAACCAUUGAUCUUGGACCAAA